AUGUCUGACGCCCAAUCCGAAAUACGUGAUCACAAUCAGCAACAAAAUAAACCCACCAAAUCUUCUUCUUCCUCCUUUUCUAUCUUCCUUUCUCUCUUCUCCGGUUCCUUGAGAAUUUUCUUUCAAAACAAAAACAUUUUGCUCUCAAUCCUGCUUUUCUUGGCCCUCCCUCUUUCCUUCCUUCUCUUCUCCCUUUCUUUGUCUUCCCGCCCUCUCAAACGCCACAUCUUCCACCUCGAAUCCGUUGCUCUGCUUACCUCCACCAGCUUCGAAUCGCGUCACCUCUUGAGAGAGUCUCGUGAAGAAUCCAUCUCCCUCCUUUGUCUCAAACUUUUCUAUUCCUUUCCUUCCUCCAUUUUCUCUCUUCUCACCUUCAUAUCCGCCGUCCACGUUGCCUCCGUCUCCCCUCCCCACCGUCCCUCCUUCCUCUCCACCGCCGCUGCUAUCGGACUCUCUUGGAAGCGCGUCGUUGUCACCUCACUAUGUUCGUACACACUCUUCAUCCUCUACAUCCAACUCCCGCAGCUUCUCGCGGCCACAUUACGGAACCACCCCCGGGUCAGCCUACCCAUCUUGGUGAUCGGUUCGGGUCUCGAAGUUCACUUGAUGGGAGUGCUGGGUUUAGGCCUGGUGGUGUCGGCGUUAGAGGAGAAAUUCGGGUGGGAAGCAAUUCGGAUCGGGUCGGUUUUAAUGGCGGGACGGAGGUAUUUCUGGUGGUUCGUUACUUGCAUGUUGGUGGGUGUGUCGGGAUGGAUCGGGAAUCGGUUUGAGAAAUUAACGGAAGGCGAGGAGUACGUCAAGUCCGCCGUUUGGACGGUGUUCAUGGGGUGGGAAACGGCGGCUCUGUUGUGGUUUUACGGUGUGCUGGUCAUCUGGAGUUCUAUUGUUACCACCAUUUUUUACAGCUACUGUAAAAAACGGGGUCAAUACGGGUGCUAA